UUACUGGAGGUUUUUGUUUGGGUGAAGCUCUGCUGUAAAUGUGUCUGUGUGAUGUAAAUGGUGUCACCGGUGCUAUCUCUGUUAGCUAUGGAUGCUAGCUGCCGGAAUAUCAGUCGAUCAUCGUAAACGUAGAAGGAAAGAUGACCCAGAUGGACGUCCUGGUCACCAACGUGGCCGAACUGUUGGCCGGUGCCGUCCAUGAGGUUCUGCGUCUGAUGGGUCAGGCUGUAUCCGAAUACAGAGAAGAGUCAGCCAGGAUCCAUCAGGAGAACCAGAAACUCCAGCGCACGCUCGAGGAGCUCCAAGCCAAGCUGCAGAUAUCAGAUGCGGUGCAGCAGGUCUCAUCCUCGGUAGCUGCAGAAGAGCCGCUGUAUGAGUCUCGUCUUGAGAACCUAUCGGACUGUAAUUUGGAACCUCGGAUGAGAGAAAAGAACCUCGUCUCAGAGCCGUACAGUCGUUUCAUGGAGGAGAAACCGAUCACACUGCAGCCGGGAACCGAAAUCCAACCCCCAAACCUUCCGAAAUCUCCCACGUAUGACUUUUCCCAAACCAGGAGGCGAUUUCUGAACCCCAGGAGCAAAUCGGCCUCGCCCGUCAUCACGGAGGCACCGGAUCCGCUCGCGAGGAUCAAAACCGAAUCCAAAUCGGAGCUUCCAGAAUGUUCAGUGACGGAGCAGAGCGAGAGAGACCGCCGGCCGUACAGCCCGCUCCAUCACGACCCCACGAGCGCGUCGUGGGAUCCGACCCCCCCGCCUCGGACGCACGCCCGGACGCUGGAGGACGUGACGGACGCGUCGCUCCCCUUCAGAGCGGCCGUGAGGAGAGACUGCCCUCACGGCUGCCACGUGUGCGGGAAAUCCUUCGCCACGGCCUACAGCCUGGGCGCGCACUUCGUGUGCCACACGGGCGAGCGGCCGUACGCCUGCUCGCGCUGCAAGUUCAGGUUCAGCAGGCUGGCCGACCUGAAGAAGCACGAGCGCAUUCACACGGGCGAGAGGCCGUACAACUGCUCGCUGUGUGGACGCAGGUUUAACCGCACCGAAAAUCUGCGCCGCCACCUGAAGAAGGUGCAUCAUGGGACGCUGGUGUAGGCUGACUGCUGGAGAUACUGCACUACAUGGACAAAAGUAUUGGGACGCAGUUACGCACUGCUGUCCGUUAUUCACCUUCUCUGUGCAGUACCUCGACCCGCCAGCUGCAGCAAUAAUGAUGAAUGGGUUCAGCUAUUCCUCCCUCAGACACAGCCGGUCACAGAGCUCCAGAGCAGUGGAUCUAACAGUGGUGAGCUAGCAUGUCUUACCGCCACCAGCGCGUGUGUAUAUUUUAAUAAACCUUUAAAUGUAUAA